UCUACUCUCCAGGGACGGUUGUCCUGGGAUACAACAAGUCAGAGAGGAAGGUGGAUCAAGUGGAGAGUGGAGUAAAGGGCUGUCCCCUCACCAGCACACCCCAGCAGGAGUCCUCCUGCCCCCUCCCUGGGGGCCACGCUCUGGGGCCAGAGAGAAUGAAUAUACAGGAGGAGACUUGCAAAGAGCUGAGCUACCCCAUCCCAGCCACCAGCAAUUGAGAACUAGAGAAAAUAGGAAAUUGAGGAUUAACUAUGGAAAAAGCCUGAGGAGGAGCAAGUUAAUUAAAUAUCAAAUACCAUCUCUAGGGGAAGAGUACAGAUAGAUUAUUAUUUGCUAUUGUAAAGACUGUUAGAUUGGAUGGCUUCCUUCUGUACAAGGAUAGCCAAAGCCACUGGGGUCCUUCAUGGGUCUUCUAUUAUGAAAGAGUGACAGCUUUGUUCCAACUGUAUGUAAUAGUCUUAGCACGGUUUCAAAUUCACUGUAAGUCACUGUUGUGACAGCAGUGCUGGGACAGUAUGUGAGAGCAAUGCAUGGUCUGUCUGAUAUAGGAUGUCGACACUUUGAGUCGGAGUUUCCCAUGAUUGGGUGCAUGUACACAAUAGCGGCAGAUAGUGUGAGAGCCGCCCUCAGCUUUCUGCUCAAAUUAUACUAUGUGUAUCAACCACACAAAAACAGCAAAGACAAGCAAUUCAUAUGACUUCACACCACAGAAACAGCAAAGACAGGCAAUUAAUAUGAGGUGUGAAGUAACUUAUAUAACCAUGAUACAAGUAGGGGUUGGGGUGUGAAGAGCUUACAAUUUGCAUUGUAAAGUAAUACAGGGACUGUCUGGGCAAUUUAAACUCAAACAUAACCUUUGUUCUGUGAAUUUGUGAUCAAGACAUUGCUAUGUACAGUAGCCUACAGUACAUGUACGAUCUACAGAAUGAAGACAGAAGAACGAUGAUUUGAUAAGACAAUAGCAAUCUGUUCCAGUCUAUUCCUUGAUAGAAAUGUACAGAAAUGAACCAACUAUUUCAAGUCAUCUCUUUAUGGUGAAACCACUUAUGUAGAUGACUAUGACUAUGUGCAGCCAAUCACUGUCUGGUAAUCAUGCAGACUGUAAUGAACAAAUGUCAUAUUUUGUGUGUUUGACAAAAUAAUGUGCUGUAGGCUAUGCCAUAGCAUGAGCUGUUUUAUUAACCCUAAAAGCACCAACAGGGGUCAAAAACUGCCUAAUUUCGAAAUGUUUAUUUUUAAUCCUUAUGAAUCUUUUUUACUUUGUCAAGCAACUAUUUACCGACAAAACGCACCAUUUACGAUGAUUUCUGUGUAAGUAUGGAGGAAUGAAAGGUAGAUGUAUGUACCCUGAAAAUAUAUAGAUAUGGAGCCCCACAGAUUUGGCCCCUGGGGGGCGUGGCAGCCACUAUAACUUAUACAUAACUAAAAUGUUUAGAUUUAGAUUUAGAUUACAGUCAAUGGCUCUAUACCAAGUUGAGAGUCUCAUCUUUCAGGCGCAAUUGGAACUGAGUUUAUACACUCCUAGAAAAAAUGGUUCCAAAAGGGUUUUUCGGCUGUUCCCAUAGGAGAACCCUUUUUGGUUCCAUGUCGAACCCUUUCUAGAAAGGCAUUUUACCUGGAUCCAAAAACGGUUCUUCAAAGGGUUCUCCUAUGGGGACAGCCACAUAACUUUUUUAGGUUCUAGAUAGCACCUUUUUUUCUAACAGUGUAGCCCAUCGCAUUCCAAAGUUAAAGCUAAAAGUCUGAUGGCUCCAGUGCCAAUAUCGCCAAUUUCUCAGCCUCUGAGUAUCACAGAAACACAACACUUUGAAUGAACAGAAAAAUGUUAAUGACAAGUUGCUAUGGAUGAAAUUGAUCAAAACAUGGAAAAACAUAUAUUUUAAAACAUAACAGUUGACUAUAAAUGUGUACAAUUUUUAAAUAUAUGUUUAUUGUGUUACAAAAGGUUAAUGAAAGAAAAAGUGUAACUGCUUGACAUUUGGGUACAUUGAUGAUUUGAGGAAAUUGUAUUCAAAGGUUACUGCAGUACAAAGACGCCCUCAGUUUUUCUCAGCCAGUCAGCAUUUCAAGGAAACGUGCACUUUUCUUCCGGGCUGUAAUUCGAGCUUUCUUCUGUAGGCUACCUAUACGGUUUCAGUAUGGACUUUUUCUGAGGAUCUUAAAUGGUCAAUAAUAGUUCAAUCAAUCAUGAUACUAAGGACUGUACGUGGCAUUCUUACAGUAAGGAUUCUUCUAGCGAUCAUGGUGAAGCCUGUUGAGAACACGUUGUACACUCAGCCAUACACACCAGACUCUGACGGAACCUGCCGCAACAAAACAGCUGAAUACUAUAACACAGAUGUAAACCUGUGCUGCAGCAAGUGUACUUCUGGGACACGGCGGAAAGUUGAAUGCAGCUCUACCUCAGACACGGCGUGUGAACCAUGUCCUAGUGGCCAGUACAGCGGGACCUUUAAUUACUUCCCAAAAUGCUUCAGAUGCCCCAAGUGUUUAGCAGACAAAGGCCUGCAGUAUGUCCAGAAGUGCUCCAGAACCACCAAGACCCAGUGUGCGUGCAAGACUGGGAUGUACUGCGUACUGGACCAACACCCGGAAUGUCAGGAGUGUGCCAGUUAUACACGCUGCAAGCCUGGCCACGGGGUCUCUGUAGAAGGUACUACAGCUGGACAGGAAGCCAGGACAGCAGAGUCAGAUGUGCAAUGUGCACCAUGCCCCAAUGGAACCUUCUCUGACCAGCACUCCUACACCCAGAUCUGCCAGCACCACACAGAUUGUGUGUGUCAGGGGAGGGACGUACUGACUUACGGUAACGCCACCUCAGAUGCGGUGUGUGGACCGAAGGUAAGUGGACCACUGGUCUGCAUCUUCCAAACCACCACACCUCCCAGCCCACCGACCACAAUGCCACCCUCUGGUACAGGGCAUACCACACCAAGUCUACAGAGCAUGCAUAUGUCUACACUACCAACCAACCUAGGCUCAAAGCUGACAUCUAGUCCCUCUGAGCCACUGGCCAUCGCUCCAACAGAAGAAAAACCACCAGGCUUUGACCUUGGGAUAGUUGCAGGUGCUAUCGGAGGUGUUAUGUUCCUGCUGCUGAUCAUAGGCACUAUCAUUUACAAGAAAGCCUUCACUAAGUCCAUACGUGUAUCUUCUACAGAAGAUAUAAAUGGAAAUUCUGAGAAGGAGGCCAUUAAAUUUGAUUGUGACAGACCAAUGGUUCUUCAGAACAGAUCAUUCAACACCACAUAUCAGGAACAGCGGUGUCUGCUGGGAAAAGGAGACUGCAGUAAUGUCAGUCAGGCAGAGACCCAGCAGGAAGCUAGUAGGACCUGCUCAGGGUCAGGGUGCUUCAACAGCUUGGAGGGCCUGCCAAUAGGCCCAGCCCAGUCCACCCUUCCACAGCCCAGCAUCCAGGCCAGCACCCCCCAGCCCAGCCCCCAAUCCACCAGCUCUCUGGCAUCUAUCCCCCUAGUUAAUGUCAACAUCACUGUUACCUACCCUGUGAACAUAGGAAAUGGGUUAUGCUCCACACCUACCAGCACCCACAUAGACUUACCACAAGCUGACCCCGUGGCCCAUUUAUCAAGGGAGGAGGAGGUGUAUGUGAACAUGCCACAGCAAGAGGGCAGCAAAGAGGCACGUACAGCAGUACAGGAGAUUGGAAAUGAUGUAUGAGGACUGGAGGCAUAUAUGGGAGUAUAAGAUAAUAGAUUGUGUUUUAGUGAUGUUUUUUUCACUGUGACUGUUGUCUCUGUUGUUAUAUGAUUGCUACAAGAAGUACUGGUGCUGACUUUGUGUUGGUGGAGAGAGACAGAAUGACUCAGGCAGGAUUUCCCAAACUCGGUCCUGGGACCUCCCCUGGGUGCACG